AUGUUUGCUAAAAUAAGACGAAUUUUUCCACAAGCUCUAGCAAUUGUCACAGUGUGGAUAAUACCAUUCGAAAUAGGUAUAGUUGGCAUCUGGACUUCGCCUUACGUUGCUCAAUUGACAGCUCCCAAUUCUCCAAUACCAUUGAACUCGGACGAAGCUUCAUGGGUUACUUCAAUUCUUUAUUUAGGCAAAUUUACUGGUGCAAUAUUGGGCUCGAUUUGUGUUAACUUUCUGGGAAGCAAAAAGUCUUGCCUCAUUACGGGUAUUCCUUUUCUUAUCGGUUGGAUCAUCAGCUAUUUUGCCAAUUCCGCAUUAUGGUUGUGUGUUGCUCGUGUCAGCCUUGGUACGGGCUAUGGUUUGGCUUUUAGUUGUUUCGCACUGUAUCUUGGGGAAAUAGCUCCACCUGAUAUUAGGGGUGCACUCGUAUCAUUUGCCGCAAUGGGUUUUCCAUUUGGUAAUCUCUUCGGAAGUUUAACAGGCCCACGUAUGAGCAUCCAAGCGUCUAGUAUAACUUAUUUUGUACCUAGUGCUAUUCUUAUUAUUGUGCUAUUUUUUCUGCCCGAUUCACCUCAUCAUCUCGUUAAAAUUGACGAUGUCAAAGGAGCUAGAGAAUCACUUCGGUGGUACCGCGGAGGUGUUGAUGAUGUUGAACACGAACUUGAAGGAGUUGUAAAAUUCGUUGAACUAACAGCAUCUACUAGUUUUAUGGAGAAAUUAGCUGAAUUUCGACUUCGGCACGUGAGGAAAGCUACAUUCCUAGUCAUGAUACUUUUUGCUUUCUCACAAAUGUGCGGUUUGAUGAAUAUCAUUUUCAAUAUGGAGACUAUACUACGCAACAGUAAAUCUACAGUGGUCGAACCAUCUUCAGCAGUUUCAUAUGUACUAACUAUUUCAGUUAUCUCGUCAAUUAUAACUAUGGGACUGUAUGACCGAUUUGGCAGAAAGCUUCUAUUCAUUACUUCGAGCACUGGAGUUUCCAUUGCACUUAUGUGUCUCGGUACUCAUUUUAUUUUAGUAACUAAAGGAAUAGACUGGAAUGGAGCUCAAUGGUUACCCAUAGCAUCACUGUUUUUUUUUAUCGCAAGUUUUGCAAACGGUCUUAAUGCUAUACCUUCCAUUGUAUCCAGUGAAGUUUAUUCCGCGAAUAUAAAAUUUGUUGCUGCUCUGCUUGCUAAUAUUACGGCAUCUGCUGCAUCUUUUCUAACGUCUAAACUAUAUCAACCAUUAGUUGAUAUGUAUGGAGAAGCUUAUGUAUUUUAUGGUCAUGCGCUUAUCACUUUUUUGGCCGUUCCUUAUGCUUUGAUUUUCAUGCCAGAAACUAAAGGUAAAACACUGCAACAGAUUCAAAAUGAUCUGAUGAGAUAA